AUGCAACGUAUGAAUUUUGAAUCUAUGCCCGAUGAGAUUUUCUUAGAAAUCUUCGAUUAUGUAUCCGGUUGUGAUUUGAUAUACUCAUUUUAUAAUUUAAAUCAACGUUUCAACUCGAUUAUAUAUGGUAUUCGUCUCUUUCUUGAUCUAUCAUCUGUCCAGCAAAAAGCUUUUCUUUAUACUUGUCACAAUAUUUUACCGAACUUUUCUUCUCAAAUAUAUUCGAUGAAAUUAUCGAAUAAACAGACAAUUGAUGGAAUUAAUUAUUACAUCGAACAAAGCAAAUGUCUUCAACAGGAACAAGUGAAAGUUUUAGUUUUAAUCGAACCCACAAUCGAACAAUUUAUCAAAUUGAUUUCAUAUUUUCCUUCGAUCAAAACUUUAGUAGUGAAAACAACAGAUUAUUUAGUUUUACCAGUUGAAUAUCUCGCCAAGUCUUUACGUGUAUGUCGCAUAGGCAAUUGUCAAAUCGAUUUAUCAGCAUUGAAUCAAAGCGACAGUUCGAGCUAUUCGAUUGAAGAUUUACAUGUGAAAAUGUCGGACAUCAAACAUCUUUUUACGCUUUUAAAUUCAAUGAUCUAUUUAAGACGUUUGACAUGUCAUAUAUCUGAAAAUUCUUCGAGUCAAAACACAAUUCUUCGAUCUGACAAACCACUGAUGUUUUUGAAUUAUCUCAAACUCAAUGUUUCUUCAGUUGCGUUUAAAUACAUUGAAAAUCUUCUCGAUGUAUGCCCGAAUCUAACAGCUUUGACUUAUACCUACGCGACCGGUACAGAACCAUCGCAUGAUAACGAAAAUACCGAUUAUGACCGUUGGAACGAGAUUUUCACGAAGAAAUUACUUCGCCUGAAAACAUUUGACCUGCAUAUUUCGUUGAAUAUCGAUCAGCAACGUGAUUUAAUAUUUCUGACGAAAAAAUUUCAAGAUCUCACUUUUUUCCAACAAAAUCAUAUUCGAAUUAUCUAUGAAAUCACCUCAUACAAACACAUCAUCUGUACAAUCCCAUUAAUCAAAUCGCAUUUAACAAAUUAUUUGAAUAAAUCAUCCUUAACGAAUAUUCCGAAUGCUUAUUCGCGUAUUCGUCACUUCGAUUUAGUUCUAAACGAAACAAUUCUCAAUCAACAACAACACACAAUACGAUGUCCACUCGUUCAUUCGUUCUAUUUAGGUCUAUAUGAAAAUAUUGCCCCGAUCGAGCAACAAUCACGUCUACUUUUGAAUCAAUCGAUUUCAUUUGUUUAUCUAAAACAUUUUGAACUGUAUGGAACAUGUAUAGCAGAUGGUUUUGUCGCUCAACUCUUAUCCAAAAUGACAAAUUUAAAUUCUCUAACAUUGCCGUUGAGUCAUUUGAUGUCCUGUCAAAUUAACGAGACAAUUUGUCAAAAUAUGAAACGUAUUAAACGCUUACAAUUGGCUUUAACUGAAAGUUUAUCAUUCGAUUGUAUUAACAACAUUCUCAUCCCAAGUUUUCCCAAUUUAAAUUCAAUGAGUUUCGCGAUUGAUAAUAAAAAUCAUUCGUUUGAGAAGAUUCUUCUAACCAUGCUUGGCAAAUGUGAUAACGAGAAGAAUUAUUUAAAAUAUUUGAUGUUUUUAGAAAUUUUCGCGUUGGAUCAAGAUUGGAAUCCAAAUCUUUUGAAAUCAUUGGAAGAAUUUAUUCGGUAUAAAGAUAAUUAUCGGUUUCUCUACAUUUGGUUGUAA